CCCAAACACCUCCCGCGACGCCAUCUCCCCGCAGCUGCUGACCGCCAUCAACACCGCGUUCGGGUCCGUGGAUAACAUGCUGGCAGCUCUGAAGGAGUCCGCCGACUCACGUUUCGGCAGCGGUUGGGCCUGGGUUUGCGAGGGGCGUGGCGGCGGGCUGCGAGUGAUGAGCACCGCCAACCAGGACAACCCGCUCAUGGCAGUUGUCCAACCCGACCCCUGCAUUCCCAUCCUGGGUAUCGACGUGUGGGAGCAUGCCUACUACUUGCAGUACGGUCCCAAGCGAGCGCAGUACACCUCAGCCUGGAUGAAGAUCAUCAACUGGAAAACCAUUAGUGCCAACUACGACGCAGCCAAGAGGGGAGAUCUGGGAGCCAUUGGAGCCGACAACUGAGCUAGCAGCAGCUAGCAACUAUGCGCACCGAUUGCACGGCAACAGGCGCUGUACGGCACAAAUGGCUUUACGGUACAACGGCUGUACGGCACUACGGCUGUAUUGCAACUGCUGUACGGUAGACUUUUGUACUUUUGUCUCGUAAGCGGGAACAUCGGGAUAUUGUGUUCUGCCCGCCUAGGAUGCUAGCCGGGAUCGAGUAAAUGAAGGGAAGGAAAGGCCGCUUCAGUGCAAAUGGGCUUCAGUGCAAUUAACAUGGGUAAUUGACUGUUGUUGUAUUGUACGUGGGAGGAUGAGGCAGGCAGGUGCGCGUAGGGGCUGUCAAGCUGGGCGUGUGGGGGCGAUCGGGGCUGGCAACUGGUCUAUGAUAGCGCAUGUGACAGAGGAUAUGGCGCAACUGCUAUUUCUGUUGUUGUUGCUGCUGCUUUGCUGCAUUGCGUGAACUGGGGAAGUUGGGUGCGGCCGGCUUGAUGCCUGUUUUACAUACAGGGUGUCACGUGAUGGGAUUCAAGGCUUUUGCGUGAAGGGUGGAUGGAGAGAGAGAGAGUCGUAAGCGAAAAAGGACGGAAGACAUGAGUGGGGAGAAGAGGGGAGGGUCGAGGGCGUGUGUAUGGUUUGCUAGGUGCACGUGGGUGUAGAGGAGUGGUACCCGAGUGCAGAAUGGAAGGAUGGAGUGCGCAUGCAUCUAUGCAUCGCCGUGCACAGCAGUUACGGGGACCCCAGCAUGCGUAUUGAAGGGUGCAGGAGCAAAAUGGCUCUUACCCAAAUUGUCUGUGGUUGCAUCGGACCCGGUUGCAUAGUUUGUUUGUAGGGAAAAUCGACUAUUGUGGAAUGCUGCCUGCAAAGGCAAGCAUCAGGUAUGCUUUGUGUUAUGAACACAAAUUUGUGUGUAUGAACGUUUGGCCGUUCCGGUACGUAUGGAAUGAAGGUGUAGUAUAGUAUGCUUUCGCAUACAUGACAAGCCAGCCAUGCAACAAUUGCAGCUUGCUUGCCCCGGGCAUUUCCGGUACUACAUGCUCCGAUCCUGACGUCUGCUAAAAAGUGUUUUGGUAGUGUGCACCGUUCGGGUAUGUCGUACGUUUGCCAGCUGUGCCAUUGUUGCAAUUGCCUCACUGCUACAAACGUAAAUGUUCUACCAAUCUGCUUCAUGACAAUGUGGCCAAGAAAAGACUUGUUGUUUCAUGCAGCUUGUACGGUUAUGGAUGGAUGAGUUGCCGUACAUUAGUGUUGGCAAAGAAUUGUUGGAUCUGGUGUUCCUGAACGCAACGCGGCGUCGUGGUAUUGAUUACAACGGUGGCCA